AUGCAGGAUGAAAAUUUGUCAGAAAGUGUUGAUGUGAAAGGUCCUCCCAUGAAGCGCAUGUCUUCAGGUUACAACAUAUUUACAUCAAAAAUGCUCAGUUCAGGUACAAGAUACUAUUAUAAUUAUAAUUAUAAUUUUCCUAAUAGAUGCUCAAUAACUUAUUUUAACAUAUGUUUAAGAUGGUUUGUUCACAGUGGGUUUGUGUACAACAACCCAUGCCAGUUACUGUAUAUCCCUGUUCUUUUUUUUUGUUCCCUGCCAUUUUCAACUAGUUAAUUGAAAUCUGCCCAAGCACGGUCAGAUCAGGCAGGUCUUCCACCUCUAGGAGUAAUUGUCUGCACUUAAACAGGGCAUGCUAAUCAUAAAUCACAUGAAAGAAAAUGUUCAAAAUAAGUAAACUAUUUACAGUGUAAUACAAGAAGAAUGAAUUUCAAUAUUUCAAGCAAAGGCCCAGAAAGGCCCUUCAUCAACUAGUAGAACCACAGUACAGUAGUUCUAAUACUUGUUGAUGAAAAGCCUUUGUUAAAAAUGUUGCAAUUGGUUCUUGUCGUCACAAAAUGUUGAUAAUAAAAUUUCAAUUAACCCAAGGGGUAUUUCAUACUUUUACCAAAUAUUGCCAGUUUAAUUUACCCUGUUUAUUCCAGCAUGACAGAAAAUGGGGUAUUUAACCGAUGUCGAGAUUGAGAGUUAAUUAAUAAUCAAAAAUGAAUUAGUGAAAAACUAUUGUUGAGUGGAAAGGUUUGGCAACCACAACCAGCAAGAUUUGUAAUAAAUAUGAUGUAAUUAAUGCUGUACACUACAUGUAGAUACUGUAAUAUGAUAUGUUUUUGCAAAUUGCUUGAUCUCAAGUGCUGUAACUUAGCUGACCUCACUAGGUAAAGCUAUUAAAAAAUGCUAGUGAGGUCAGCUAAGUACAGUAGAGUAUUCCAAUGUCAAGUUGACAUUUAAUAUGCAAUGGAUGUUUUUAUGAUUGCAUUUAUAUUGUAGAUGCUUGUAAAGAAAUUGAUUCUAAGGCAGAAAAAAUGAGCUAUGUUGCUUCAAAGUGGAUAUCACUAAGAGAUAGUGAAUGUGUUAUGUGGAAGAAUGAGGCUAAGAAGUUGCAAAGGAUCAAGCCUUCAAUGCUAACAGAAGAAGAUAAAAAAAAGCAAAUCGCAAAAGGAAAAAAAAUCUAA